AUGACCAGUGUUUUGGGUCUCUUUCUAGAGUGUGAAACUUAUCGCCAGAUUAUAACCAGAAAACAAAGCUUGAUCCCGCUGACGAUCACACCGACACCGAUCGUGUACGAGAUAUACAAUUGCACCAACGUCGUCCAGCUGAUUGUGGGAGGUGAGCAGGCCAAGUAUGGCGAGUUCCCACAUCACGCACUGCUCGGAUAUCCGCGCGAAACCGACAGCUCGCAGUACGACUUCCGGUGCGGUGGAACACUGAUCAGCGAUCGACACGUCCUGACCGCCGCUCACUGUUUCUCGGAGGGCGACCCGGCGGUGGUCCGCUUGGGCGAGUAUGAUACGGCGAACGUGUCGGACGAGGAAGUCCAGUUCGGUAUCGCGCGUGUACGGAAACAUCCACAGUAUUCGAACACCCGAUCGUACCAUGAUAUCGCUUUAAUACGGCUCGAUCGCCAGGUAUGGCUGACGAAGUACGUGCGGCCGGCGUGUCUGUGGGAUUCUGAAAGCCGUAACAUAACGAGAUACGUGGCCACUGGAUUCGGCUACAACGAGACCAUUGGCAUCGAGCUGUCUACGACGAUGAUGAAGGUACAGCUGGACGAGUUCCCGGUGGAUGAUUGUGCGCGAGCAUUCGCCGGACAAAAGCGCUUUCGGAACGGGGUACAAGCUGGCCAAAUAUGUGUUGGAAGCAUAGUCGGUGGAAAGGAUACGUGUCAGGGCGACUCCGGGGGUCCUCUACAAGUUUUGGCCAAUCCGAAAACCUGCAUCUAUCAUGUAGUCGGCAUCACGUCGACGGGCGGUGCCUGCGGUGUGGGCCACUCGAAGGCCAUCUACACGAAGGUAUCGUACUAUCUGGACUGGAUCGAGGAUAACGUUUGGGGUGCCAACGUUCUAUGAAGGGCCGCGAGCGGCUUGCGCAGAAUCUAGUGAGCAUAUCCUAUGGACGACCGCUUGUGACGUGACGUAGAAUGACAAAUCAAAACUAAUUAUUCUAAUAAUAUAAUAUCAGAUCAGGAGAGCGGGAGCUUAAAGUUUCCGGUCUAUAGUUGAGCUCAGAUUCAAUAACUAAAACCUAUCCCAUACGCGAAUUAGUUGACUUCACAGAUGACCAAACUGGUCACUACCGUUGUUGCCAGACCCGUCUCUCGAUGCCACAAUGAAAUCGCACACAUCCCGUCCCCAAACAAUGCACACAACAAGAGAGGGACAACUGUGGUGAAUGUUGGCACAUAAAUAUGACCAAUAAAGAAUACGAUUUCAUAGGU